AUGGGAGAGGAGGAGCUUAACGCCUCGUUCUCGGUCGACUCCUUCGCCGAGGAAGCAGUCACUCCCGCUGUCUCUGCUCCUCCGCCCGCGAAGCGCGUCUGUGCUGCCGGUUCAUCCAGCUCUGCGCUUGUGGCUCCCCCUGCAGCUUCGGUGGUGCCGCCUGUCACUCCAGUCAUGGCUCCCGUAGCUGGUCCUUCCACGGCUGCGCCUGCUCCUUCAACGUUAACCCAGGAAGCUAAUCCUGUGGUUGCCCUCGCCAUCACCAGCCGGUAUCAGCGCCUCCGGCGCAACCAUCCUAACCCGAUUCUGCGUGGCCGCGACUUUGCUGGUGGCCGUGUCCUUGUCUUCGAGGCUUCUGGAGGCAAGAUUCUGCACCUCUCUUGUCGCUCGUACUGA